UUUGACUCGUACAUGUCACGCAUGCGCACGGCCUGUUCUCCCUCUCUGCUAGCUUCUCCGCCAUGGCGCCGAUUCAGAAGAAGCAGAACACCGGCAAAGGUGGUAAGAAGAAGAAGCAGGUCCUAAAGUUUACCCUGGACUGCACCCAUCCUGUUGAAGAUGGCAUCAUGGACGCUGCAAACUUUGAGCAGUUUCUUCAGGAGCGCAUCAAAGUAAAUGGAAAAGCUGGCAACCUGGGUAACGGUGUGGUCUCAAUCGAGAGGAGCAAGAGCAAGAUCACAGUGUCCUCUGAGGUGCCCUUCUCCAAACGAUACCUGAAGUAUCUGACUAAGAAGUACCUGAAGAAGAACAAUCUUCGUGACUGGCUGCGUGUUGUGGCCAACACUAAGGAGAGCUACGAGCUGCGCUACUUCCAGAUCAACCAGGAUGAAGAGGAGGAGGAAGACGAAGAUUAAAUCAACAAUUCAUAUUUUGUACAUUUAAAUAAAUGUUGUUUACAGUACAGAA